AUGACGACGGCGACGACGACGAACGUACUGUCGUUCGACGGCGCGCGCGAGCUCGUGACUGCGACGCGUGCGCAUGAGCUCAUACAGACGUACGCGCCUGCCGAGUCCUCGCAGCUCCCGCCGCCGCUGUUUACGCACAUUACGCUGCGCAACAAGAGCUACACACUCGACGCCGCGCGCGUCAUUGCUGCGUUUUUCCUGCGCCUCGAAGCCCGCGGCGCGUUUGCGCAGCUCACGAGUGUGGAUUUGGCCGAUACAAUUGCUGGCCGACCGGAAGACGAAGCGCUGCAGGUGCUGGCGACGCUCUGCGACGCGUUGACGGCCGUCAAGACGCUCACGCGCAUUGACUUGAGCGACAAUGCGCUCGGGGAGAAGGGCGUGCGCGCGUGUUUUGGACUGCUGCAGCGCCAAGAAGAGCUGCAGCACGUGUACUUGUGCAACAACGGCCUUUCGGCCGCGGCGGCACGUGUGCUUGCGGACGACGUGCUGCUGUUUCGAGGUCCAGACACGCCCACGAAGCUCGAGAGCUUUCACUUUUACAACAACAUGAGCGGCGACGGCGGUGCAGUGGCGCUGGCCAAGCUCUUGACGCUUUCACCAGCGAUGAAGGACCUGCGGUUCUCCGCGACGCGGGCUCAGCGAGAAGGCAGUCUGGCGUUUGCGACGGCCUUGGCGUCGCUCACGAAGCUGGAGAAAUUGGAUCUGAGUGACAAUACGUUCAAGGCACAAGGGGCUCGAGCUAUUGCUGCUGCAGUGAGGAACAUGCCAUGGCUAGAGGAGGUGAACUUUCGUGACGCUGCUCUCGAAGACGCUGGCGUGGUGGCUAUUGCCGACGCCCUGCGUGAAAGCGGUGCCGCCAAGAACCUGACGGCAUUUGAUGUGUCGGGCAACGACUUGUCUGCUGAGAGCAUGCCGAGGCUGGGAGAGAUGCUGCGUGUAAGCAAUGCGCUGCGUGUUUUGCAAGUGGAAGAGAACGAGAUUGGAUCAAAGGGUGCUAAAGCCAUUGCGAAGGCGUUGAUGGUCGGAUCACCGGUGCUGGAAAAGGUGGUUGCUAACGUGAACGAGAUUGGUGCUUCUGGUGCGCUCGCUCUUGUCAAGUCUGUGCUUGACAAGAAGGUGUUUGCAAAGCUGAGUAUUGACGGGAACCAGAUUUCGGCCGAGGGUGUGGCUAGUAUUGAGUCGCUGCUAGCGAGUAUGAACAAGGGCACAAUGUUGGGGUCGCUAGAAGACAACGACGAGGACGAAGAGGAAGGUCAUGACGACGAGGAAGAGGUAGACGAUGAAGCUAGCUCCUUGAAUGACGUGACGGCCAUGCUUGACAAAAAGCUGACGAUUUCGUCAGAAGCGAGUUUCAAGUUUGAGAACAAGAACCGCGAAGUCGUGGACGCUGCACGUGCUCAGCAGCUCUUGGAGGCUGCUGGCAUUGCACUGAAUGAUCGGUCUCCUCUGCACUUCAAGUCGAUCUCUCUACGCGGCAAGAGCUACACCGACUCGGGCGCGCAAGUCAUCGCGGAUACGUUCUUGUCGCGUCUCCAGAGCGAUCUCAAGGUUGUCGAUCUAGCCGAUGUGAUCGCUGGGCGGCCCGAAGACGAGGCGCUUCGAGCUUUGUCGAUUAUGUGCCGCGCACUUCGCGGUCACAUGCUGGAUGAGAUUGAUCUGAGCGACAACGCGCUUGGUGAGAAGGGCGUGCGUGCUUGCUUUGAUCUGCUGAUCCCUCAGCCGGCGCUCCACCGUCUCCUUUUCUGCAACAAUGGUAUCUCGGCCGCUGCUGCCAGCUUGAUUGCGCAGGAGAUCGUGCUACAGAACGGCAAGGAGACUCAGUCUUCGCUGCAGGAGUUUCAUUUUUACAACAACAUGAGUGGCCACGACGGCUGUGUGGCAGUAGCCAGCGUCCUCGCGUACUGCAAAAAGUUGACGCUAUUGCGUUACGCAAGCGCGCGUGCUGGCUCGGAGGCAAGUGAACACAUGGCUCGUGGCGUGAAGGAUCACUUGCGCGACUUGAGAUCACUGGACCUGAGCGACUGCUCGUUUGAGUGCGAUGGCGCCACUCAUCUUGCAGAGGCGAUCAGCAAGCAACCGGGUUUGCAGUACCUGAAGCUGCGCGAUGCUUCGCUCUGCAGUGAAGGUGCUGCGAAAGUGGCAAAAGCGCUGUCAAGUAGCAAGAUCCAGCUACUGGAGCUCGAUUUGUCCGGCAAUGAGCUAGCAGACGAAGGUAUCGCGACUCUUGCGCCACUGCUGAAAGGCCAGUCGCAGCUCAAGGUUCUGCGACUGGACGAAAACGAGGUAACGUCUGAAGGACUGAAGAAGUUUGUGGCGGCUCUCGGCACUGGCAGUUUGUCAUCGCUCGAGGAGCUGUCGCUGUGCGGGAACGAGAUCACUGCAAAGGGAGCUAUGGCCGUCGUGGAUGCGUUCGUGCCGGCCACGCCGACGCUUGUGCGACUGGAGCUCGACACCAACAUGAUCUCCGAGAAGGGCGUCGAGUACAUGAAGGCUUCGCUCGCCAAGCAAGGCAAGGCCGAGAUCCUGGGCUUGCUGGACGACAAUGACGGUGGCGACGAGAGUGACGAGGAGUGA